UCUUUCCUACAUGUUUGCUGAGUACUUCAAGAAGGCAGUAGACACUGUGUUGUAGGGCAAACAGCUGAUAUACAUAAGCACUCUUGUUUUCAGGCUGCCAUGAAUUUGGAGUAUGAAAGUGCAGUCCAGACCAGCCUGUCUGAGCCCGGUCCAUCCGGCCUAAGUACCAGUCUGCCUAUUGAGCCACAACUUGCGCAGGCUGCAAUGGAUACUGGAGACAACAGUCAAGUACAAGAGAGCCUCUAUGUCACCGACCCAUCCAGCCUAGCUGCUGUUCUUCAAUUGGAGGUGACACCAGCGCAGGCUGCCAUGAAUUUGGAGUAUGAAAGUGCAGUCCAGACCAGCCUGUCUGAGCCCGGUCCAUCCGGCCUAAGUACCAGUCUGCCUAUUGAGCCACAACUUGCGCAGGUGAGCAUCUAUUUUAUGUGCAAUUCACCCAACACUUUUAUUGUGUUAUAAGCAUACAGUGGUUGCAAUUGAAGUUUAAACGGAAAUGGCUAACAUGUGCUCUUGCUACCAGGCUGCAAUGGAUACUGGAGACAACAGUCAAGUACAAGAGAGCCUCUAUGUCACCGACCCAUCCAGCCUAGCUGCUGUUCUUCAAUUGGAGGUGACACCAGCGCAGGUAAACACGUCUUUUCUGUAAAAAAAAAGGCUAUGCUAACAUAGUUAACACUUUCCAUUUAGUUCUGUGCUUGCAUUAUUCUGAUGUUAAGGGAUGCAUGAACUAGCCUAGCUUAAUGUAUUCUAGUCACAAGACACUGGUUUAGUGACUGAAGUUCUGUCCUCCUCCCGUUUGAUUGCAAUGAAUACAGAAAUGAAAGUAGCAGAAAUAUGUAACAGGUUUGUGGGCCCAACUAAUUUUUGAUAACGCCAAUACCUAAAAAAAUCUAUAUGACUGCUGAAGAAACCGAUUCAAGCUAGCAUUCUUGCAUGAGUUCAACAUUGAGUGAGUGCAGUCACUGUUCUGUCAAUACACACAGACCUAUACAUGAACUAUUUUAAAUACAUCGCUGCUUUCUUUCCUACAUGUUUGCUGAGUACUUCAAGAAGGCAGUAGACACUGUGUUGUAGGGCAAACAGCUGAUUACAAUAAGCACUC